AUGAACGGAAAUAACGCUCAAAACGAUAUUCUCGCCGCUAUCGUUGAAACCCUUGAGAAGCUCAAGAUCUAUGGAUCCAAUCCAAACGACGGUCCAGCUGAAAUUGUCUUCAUAACUAAUAUAAGUGAUAUGAAAGAGCGUGCAGACGUCAACAUUGUAUAUGCGCUUGCAGCGUAUGUGGUAAAUCAAUUAACAGAGAGCAAAAUGGCUUAUUCGUAA